AUGAAUUUGCUAGAAAAAACCUUACAAUCUGAAAACAUACCCUUCACAACGAAAACUGAAGCUCUCACGUUCAUCGAAACCUCAAUCGCCACCAAUAAUCGCGAAAUAGUUUUGCUACUGAAAACCCCUAAACUCGACCCCAGAAUCUUCCGUAAAGUCAAAAUCUAUCCUGUGUUGUACCAUCAAGGGCGAAUUCACCUGGAGCACACAUCAUACGUCAUCAACGGAAACAUUAGCUACAUGGUAAACAGUCUCAAUCAAUACGUAUAUUCCAUGAGUGAAGUCAAUCAAGAUCGAUCAGAAUGUGUACCAAUGUUAAUUAGAAGACAACAACCUUCAUGCAAUUUUACAAUACAGCCACCUGCAUUUGAAGCAUUUCGAGUAGGCGAACAAGCCGUGUUGAUCAACUCAAUCCGAAAUUUCUCGCUUUUCAACAAUUGCGGAACCAGCAAUAGAACGUUAAAGGGAUCAUUCGUCGUCAGAACAAACUCAUGCGACGUAUGGAUAAAUGAUGUACAAUUCUCAUCGAAUGUGGUAGAAAUGAUAGGCGAGCUCUCGUUAUAUCAGUUGGACGGAAUAGACGUCAAUAAGCAGCACGAGGUUAUCAAUAUGUCUAUCGAACACCUUCUAGACCUACACCUUGAAACAAGGAAAGAACUCGGGCACAUUCGUUUAGAGAACCAAUCGCUAUCCAUCACCUGGCCAUCCAUAAGCCUUUUUGGAGGAACGUCGAUCCCUCUCGUCAUAUGCAUUCUAUGUUCCGGGGACGUCAACAACAUAAGGAAGGGCGAGUUAGCACAUCGACAUCAAACUGCUGAUGCGGCGGGUUGA